AGGAAGUGCAAACUUUGCGGAUCUGACGUCUUGUUGUCAUAAUGGGCAGAGACCACAUAGGUGCAGGACUGUGAAGGCAUUUGUACAAUGGAUUCACGAGAUUAAGAUGGCGAGUAAAUAGCAGCUGGCUUUCUUUAAUCCACCGCACCCCUCAGGUUUGUUUGUUUGUUGUUUUGGAACCGGAGACAUGAGCUGGCGUGUUGGUUUACAAUUGGCUAUCAUUACCUUCUUUAUGAUCAUCUAAUAUUAACUACGUCUCAUUGGCACCCACUGGCCAGUCUGUUCGCUUCUUCAAGACUUGAGCUACUCAGAGUUGUUUUGCAUUAUGUGUCAUCUACAGCUGAGGACAUUGAUUUUUGUAGCCUGGGUGCUGGGCUACAUCGCCUUUCUGCUUUCCAUCAGGAGGAUGUGGAGCGGGAAGUACGUCCGUAGUCCACUCGUUCGUUCGCUGUUUGCGAACAUGCUGAGCGAGAGCGAAUCGGCAGCGAUGGAGACACAGGAGUGGUACCGGUGCUCUCCUGAUCUGCUCGGAGAAUCGGUGCAGCCCCUGUUUGUCCAGAGCCACCUGGACUCAGGCACCAAGGCUUUUCUGAAACGUAGCGUGGAGAAGUCUGGUUGGCUGUUCACCCAGCUCUACCACUCUCUUGCAUCAACAAUCCUCAGCCCUCUGGUUUCCCGCACUUCUAUCAAUGGGUUUCUGGGUCGUGGCUCCAUGUUUGUGUUUUCUGCGGAGCAGUUCCAGCGGCUGCUCCGGAUCAGCCCAGAGUGGAAGGCAGAGAGGCUCCUGGACCUGGGAGCUGGGGAUGGAGGCGUCACAGAGGUGAUGGGAGGCCAUUUCACAGAGGUCUAUGCAACUGAAGUGUCAUUACCCAUGAAGUGGCAUCUUCAGAGGAGGAAUUACAAAGUUCUGGGCAUAGAUGAGUGGCAGCAGACUGGUUUCCAGUAUGAUGUUGUCAGCUGUCUGAACCUGCUGGACCGCUGCGAUGAUCCUCUGCUUCUCCUGCGGGACAUCAGGCGAUCACUAGUUCCCAACACGGGGAGACUCAUCCUGGCUGCAGUGCUUCCUUUCCAGCCUUAUGUGGAAGUUGGAGGAAGAUGGCAGCGCCCUAAAGAACGCCUAAAAGUAAAGGGGAAAACAUGGGAAGAGCAAGUAACCGAACUGACGAAUGAGGUUUUCCGAACGGUGGGGUUCGAGGUGGAGGUUGUGACACGGUUGCCAUAUCUAUGUGAAGGGGACAUGUAUAAUGAUUACUAUGUUCUUGACGAUGCAGUUUUUGUUCUCAAGGCCUCAGAGGAUGGUUCAGAGUCUGCUCAUUGAAUACCAAAUAUACUGUGUGACUGUCAAAACUGUUGGGCUAACUUCAUCCAGUUAGUUCACUCCUGGAUGGAUUUCAGUGCAAUUCUUAUAAGUUUCAUUCAUAAAACACACUAUUUCCAUCUUGGUUAGAAAUGGUGAGUCAGGUGUGAAGCUCAGGUACUGUAGUUCCAGCAUUUACCAGCCAUCUUGUGUGACGGUGAUACCUCUAAUUUUGAAAUGGAAAAGAUAACUGAAGGGCAGUGCCCAUAUUAAAAUGCCACUGCAGAUCAAAUCUAAGACAUAUCGCCAUGGUGUAGGUGUUUGUCCUUUAAAGUCUGUUAUACAUGCGAAAUGUUUACUGUUCGUGUUCCACGAUUCUGUAAUAUCAGUAGUUAUAAUCAUGGUUGAAUCUUUGUUGAAUUUGUGUUUUGAUUUUUCUUUUCUGUGCCUAAUGCAAAAGACCAGUGUGUGUUAACAUGCUUGAUUUAAUAAUUGGGCAUCUUGUAUUUUAAUCCUACUUUUUUAAAAACUUUUUAUGGGUGAUAACAAAAGUGAUACAAGUUCUUCUUGAAGCAAGUCUGUGUAACUUAGGUGAAACAGCAGCUGCAGUGGCCAUAAGUGACUAUUAUUGAACUAUGUUUAAAGCUGCCUUUAUUGAUUUUUUUUUCCUCCACUAGGGGGUGGCACAGCAAGCUGAAAACAAAACACUGACAUAUAGUUGCAAUAAAGUUGUUAUAGCACACUUGUUACAAAUUUAUACAUAUUUACACACACAGAAACAGGAGCAGCAUUAGAAUAUAUUUGGAAUUGUGUUUCUGGCCACCAGCUCCUGAGAAAAAUAGCUCUCCUUAGUUGCUAAUAUUCUGCACUGCAUUCAUUAGCUAGUUGCUAAUAUUACUCUCAGUGACUAUUAAAUGUAGUUGUUUUACCCAUUGUUAUAUGAAAAAUGCUGAUUAGGGCAACAUUAAUGCUAAAACAAUGCAAUCAAAUGCAAAAAGCCAUAAAUCUGCCGGAAGUGAUCCAGUAAUGUCAGUUAUACAGCAGUGUCUACCAUAUGUUUGCUAACAUUAGCUACCACAUGAUACAGAUCAUAUCAGAGUACAUUUGAAAUAGCACCCUCCCCACAGCAAGUGUGUGUUUUAUUGCUUUUGAAUUCAACGUUUUACUUGUCAGAGAAAGACUGUGUUAGUUGUACUUUCAAAGUUACAUGGUCUUGUUUUACAUCAGUGUUGUGCAAGGAUGUUAUUGUACUCAAGACUAUCUGUGUGCCACAAUUAAUGCAAUAUUUGUACUGAAAGAGUAUAAUCUGGAUUCCAGAAUAAAAAUUACAUUUUUUUUCAA